GGAGGAGGCUCAGCUGGUGCCCCUGAGCUGAGAGGAGGAGGACGAGGCGGCAGUGUCAGUCAGCAGUGGCAGGAGGCCAGAAAGGAGCAGAACCUGCAUCUCCUGGACCAGGAGGACAAGAAGAGGAAGGAGGAGGAGGGAGCUCCCCGAGGAACCCUCAGGCACUGUGUGGAGACCAGAGAGCGGCGGGAAGAGGAGCUGAGACAGAGGGAGGUGCAGCAGCUGGACUUUUGCUCACUGCUGGGACGCCAGAACCUUUAGACCUCCAGCACCUCCUCAGACCAAGGCCGCCUCAUGGAUUUUAAGUCCAACCUCAGGAGCGUGAAAGCCAAGACGGAGGAGAAGGUAAACUCCUCGCAGCAGGUGGACUUCCGCAGUGUGUUGGGGAAGAAGGGUGCCGCCAGCACCAACGGCAACAAACCGUCCAGCACUCCCACAAAGACCGCCGCAGACUUCCACUCGGUCCUCGCCAACAAGAAGAAACCACCGAGCCCCGAGAAGAACGGAGAGGAGGUCAACAUUUGCGUGGAUGGAGAGGUCGACGAGAAGAAGAAUAAAGGAGGAGGAGGAACUCCAGAGUUCUUGGAGAGCCUGAGUGAUCUGACGGUUGUGGACGGUCAGCGGCUCCGGCUGCAGUGCCGCCUAGCCCCCGCCGCCGCCGAGGCUGCUGUCACCUGGACGCUGGACGGAAAGGUCAUCAAACCGUCCAAGUUCAUCAUCCUGUCCAACGAAGGAGGACUCUGCUCUCUGACCAUCGACAAAGCUCUGCGUGAAGAUGAAGGACUCUACAAAUGCAGAGCGGAGAACUCAGCCGGCAGAACCGAGUGUUCCUGCACGGUUCUGGUUGACGAUCCAACAGAAAACUCUCCGAUGGACAAGAAGUCGAAGAAGUCGACUCCGACCUCAGAGAGUGAAGCUCGGAUAAAGAAGCCGACUCCAAAGACUCCACCCAAACAAGUUAUGCCUCCUCAGAUCCUGCAGUUCCCAGAGGACAUGAAGAUCCUGGCAGGAGAGAAGGUGGAGAUCCUCUGCAAGUUCUCUGGAGCUCCGCCCAUCAGCUGCACCUGGUUGAAGUUCAGGAAGCCAAUCCAGGAGGGCUCCACUGACAUCUCCAUCGUGAGCAGCGACAACAGCAGUAAACUGACCAUCAGCAGCGGGCAGCAGGAGCACUGCGGCUGCUACACCAUCGAGCUGAGGAACCUCUACGGACUCCGACAGGCUGCCCUCAACCUCACCAUCGUGGAUAAACCUGACCCCCCAGCCAAGGUUCCUGCAGCCUCAGACAUCCGGCGGUCCAGCCUGACACUGUCGUGGUACGGGCCCACCUAUGAUGGAGGCAGCGCCGUGCAGUCCUACCACCUGGAGAUCUGGGAGUCUGUAGAGCAGCAGUGGAAGCACCUGGUGUCGUGCAACAGCACCUCCUACAAUGUUCAGAACCUUCUUCCAGAACGUCAGUACAAGUUUCGUGUUCGGGCACAGAACAUCUAUGGUAUUGGAGAACCGAGCGCCGAGUCUGAGCCUGUAACAAUUGGACUGGUGGAUGACGAAAACCAGGAUGAUGCUGAGGCAGAGGAGGAGGAGGAAGACUCGGACAAGGUGCCAGAGUACCGAGACGUGACCAUCAGAAACGACCUAAAGGUGAAGGAGCUAUACGACGUGGAGGAGCGACUGGGAACGGGGAAGUUCGGUCAGGUCUUCAAGCUGGUGGAGAAAGCCACGAAGAAGGUCUGGGCAGGAAAGUUCAUCAAGGCGUACUCGGCAAAGGAGAAGGAGAACGUCCGGCAGGAGAUCAACAUCAUGAACAGCCUCCAUCACCCCAAACUGGUCCAGUGUGUGGACGCAUUCGAGGGCAAGUCGGACAUCGUCAUGGUCCUGGAGAUGAUCUCAGGCGGGGAGUUGUUUGAGAGGAUCAUCGAUGAAGACUUUGAGCUCAACGAGCGAGAGGUAAUUAAAUAUAUGUUGCAGAUCAUCGAUGGCGUCAACUUCAUCCACAAACAGGGCAUCGUCCACCUAGACCUCAAGCCCGAGAACAUCAUGUGUGUUAACAAAACAGGCUCCAAGAUCAAACUUAUCGACUUCGGCCUCGCCAGAAGACUAGAGAACGCAGGAACUCUGAAGGUUUUGUUUGGGACUCCAGAGUUCGUGGCUCCAGAAGUGAUCAACUACGAAGCCAUCAGUUAUCCCACCGACAUGUGGAGUAUAGGAGUCAUCUGCUACAUACUACUGAGCGGUCUCUCCCCCUUCAUGGGCGACAAUGACAACGAGACUCUGGCUAAUGUCACCUCGGCUACCUGGGACUUUGAGGAUGAAGCUUUUGAUGAAAUCUCUGAGAACGCCAAAGACUUCAUCACCAGUCUGCUAAAGAAGGACAUGAAGACUCGGCUCACGUGCGCUCAGUGCUACGACCAUCCCUGGCUCAAACAGGACACAAACACCAUGAAGACCACUAAACUGUCCAAGGAGAGGAUGAAAAAGUACAUCCUCAGGAGGAAGUGGCAGAAAACGGGUCACGCUGUCCGAGCCAUCGGUAGACUCUCAUCCAUGGCCAUGAUGGCUGGAGUCAGCGCCAAGAAGGGGUCACCUACUGAAGAGGACAACCAGUUCCUGGAGUGUUUGGAGUACGAGCAGAGGACCGAGUGCAAGCCCAGCUUCAGCUCUGUGAUCAAAGACGUGGAGGUGGUGGAGGGCAGCGCCGCCCGCUUCGACUGCAAGAUCGAAGGGUACCCGGACCCAGAGGUGGUUUGGUACAAAGACGAGCAGCCCAUCAAGGAGACCCGACAUUUCCAGAUCGACUACGAUGAAGAGGGAAACUGCAGCCUGAUCAUUUCAGAGGUUUCAGGUGACGAUGAUGCCAAGUACACUGUGAAGGCGGUCAACAGUCUGGGAGAGGCCACGUGCACCGCCGAGCUACUGGUGGAGGUGAUGGCAGGGGAGGAGGAGGAGGAGGAGGAAGAGUAGAGCUCCUCCACACAGCACACCAACCAGAUUAACGAAAGAAAAAACUUACCCUUUACAGAAACAGACUGUGAUUAUACGAAUGGGUGGGCGGAGUUUCACACACCUGAAUAGAGACCCCACUGAGCAGAACGUUGAAAGGUUUGCUGCAGGGUUUUGAAAAGCUGUAGUUUAGUUUUUGUCCUGUUAGGGUCUGAUCAGCUGCG